AUGAUAUUAUUAUAUAAAUACCUACUACGGUUAAUAUGUGUUCACUUCACUACCAGUAAAUUUGUCGGACUUUUUGGCGGGAACGCGAGGAGUGAAGUUAUGUGAUUUAUUUUAUUUUGUCUAUUUAGUGUUUCUUCGGUAUAAAAAAUAUUUUAAAUAUCCAAAGGCGAUUUUCUAGUAAACUGAAAUGCACCGAUAUCUAAACAAAAUGGAUAAAGUAUCCGACGAUGUGAAACAACAAGUAGAUCAAUUAAAGGAAUGGGCGAACCGGCAACCGAAUUUGCCCAAGGAUAUAGAAGACGCAAUUCUUUUACAAUUCCUACACAGCUGUUACUAUGACUUGGACAAGUCGAAGGUCACGUUGGAGUUGUUCUGCGGCAUACGUUCGUCGUCACCUGAACUGUUCACCAACAGAGAUCCUUCGUCGCCGCCAAUGAAGAAGGCUUUGCAAAUUCUAAACCUCGCCCACUACGAAAUACCGGGAAGAAGAUUCGUGUGGAUAUGGCAAUUAAAUGACCCGUCUUUGGAAAAUUACGACUACGUACAAGAUGCCAAGGUUUUCAUGUUAACUACGGAUUCUUGGUUGCUGAGCGAUAAGAAGCUUGAGGAAGACGAUAUGGUUAUAAUGGACGUUAAAGAUAUUUCAUUGAAAUUUAUCACGAAAUUCAACGUGUCCGUUGCAAAGAAACUAUCGAAAUAUCAGGAGGACGCAAUGCCGAUACGUCUGAAGCAGAUUCACAUUGUGAACGCCCCUCCGUUUGUAGACAAAUUGUACGCGUUGUUGAAGCCUUUCAUGAAGCAAGAAAUUACGAAUAUGAUACAUUUCCACACGCCGAAUUCACAAACCCUUUACGAUUUCGUGAAGAAAGAAGAUCUGCCUUCCGACUAUGGUGGUACGAGGAAAAGCAUGGUGGAAUUCAACAAAGAUGCUAUGGAACUGUUGGAGAGUAGAAAGGAAAUUCUCAGUGACGAUAAUCUGUGGAGAGUCGAGAAGAAAUCGAAGAACAAAAAUGAAUUUUCAUCUGAUGUCGGAUCGUUCCGAACUCUUGCCAUAGAUUAAGUUUUGCAUAAGACUGAUUUGUCGAGAUCCUUAAAGAUUAAAAUUACAAUGGUUUCUAUAAUUAAAUCUCAAUCGUAGGAUAACUUCGAAGCUCGAAAGCACAAGACAAUAAUUCGAGAAAGUUUCUCGAACAUUCUGAAAUAACAUUAUUUAUGUAACUAUUUAUAAUUACAUCCACAAAACAAAAUAAAUCGCAUUAUUUUAAAGUUUGUUUCCAAUAUCAUAAUACUUAAUAUUUUCUUCGGAUUUGCAUUAUUUUAAAGUUUGUUUCCAAUAUCAGACAUACAUAAUCAAAAUUACUUUUAAAGUUUAAUUUCGCGUUUUUUCUUGUCAUUAAAUUAUACGCUAUUAUAACCUUACUCAUCCGUAACUACGAAACUAGUACUAGAAAACUGUAAAGUAUUUGACGCCUCCGAAAUAACAUAAUGACAAUAAAAAAAACAUUAGAUUAAAUCGUGAAAGCAAUUAUAAUUCUAUCAUAAAAACACUUUUUCGUAUUCACGUCCGAUUUUGUAUUAAGCUACCAACUUAAUAACACUGAGGCGCCAACGCGAGAAGCAAGCCCGCCAUAAUUGAAAUACCCGGCUAUUGACCUCAACCGUAACGCAUGACCAUUUCGCCGCAGUGAUAGGCAGGACGACAGAACUUUACUACCUACCAGCAAUCAUAACAGCUCAUGUUUCUGGUUUAAUUUUAACGACACGAUGAUAUUUGAGCUCCGAUUUCAUCAUAGACCUAUAUAGGUUUCCUACUUCAUUGGAUUUCAUUCAAUCCGAAAACACCGUGACGACAUAUUAAGUGUAUAAUCUAUGGUGACGACCGCGUGUAUUUAUUAUCUAUGGUGACGACUUUAAAAUUAGCGCAAAGGAAUUUUCAAGGCUAUGCCUAUGCUUCGAAAAUUAUUACCUCAAUAAUGUUACCACUUCAAUUAAUGUCUUUAUGAGCUUUCAUUGAUAUUUUGUUAAGUUAUUUGGAUUAUUUAUAUUAUAUAUUUUUUACAUCUUUGUUUUUGAUAAUAUGAAUAUUCGAAUGUAAACGCACCAGUUUAAUGUCUCAUUAUAAUUAAACAUAUCGACGCUUGAAAGGCAAACGUGACUAAGCGACAAUAACUGCUUUGUACAUAAAUGAUAGGCAAUAACCAUAUUCGAUGCGCAAAAAAUAUAUAUUUCUAGGUCUAUUAAAAUCAUUUAAAUCCUACAGCUAGAUUCGUUAAAAUAUAAUUUUUUUCAGGUAUUUCAACUUUAAAUUAGUCUACUGUAAAGUUCACGCAUUGUCGCUUAGUCAUAUUUGCCUUUCAAGCGUCGAUAUAUAGGUACUCAUCGAAAUUAUAUUUUACAUCUCAAUUACUUGGUAGAUUUAUGUGAUUCGUUACGUUUAUGCGAAAUAGUUUACAGAUAGAAUAAUUGUUGUUUUUUUUUUCGAAAUUAUGUAGCAAUAUAACUAUUCAACAGAACUAAUGAAUUCGAUUAAAAUCUAAAUGCUAUAGUAUAGUUAUACUAUAUCUAAUAAUAUAGUUGCUGCAUGAUAAAAAAAACCUCAAAGGCUCUGUCUAUUCACAGAAUGUGUGUUAAAUUACCAAGAUCUUCGUAGUGGAAUUAAAGAAGUGACUGAAUAAUAAUAAUAAUAAUAAUAAAAAAGAAAUCAUGUUACUACAAAGUAAGAAAGAACAUAAUUGGAACUUUUGAACGGAAGAGAUGACAUAAUGUCCAAUUUCUUCUUCCCUCCUUUGUUACCUAAUAAUGUAUGUACAAAGUAUGUAGUAGUUCUCAUUAUUUUUGAGUUUGAUUUUAUUUCGCACAAAAGUCUCUUUGGUCAGUUCUCUCUGUUGAGUCACACAAUUUGUUAUUAAGACCAGUGUCGGUUUUUGUACAAUAAUCAUUUCAGUAGUUUUUUUUAAGCACUAGUGAUGUUUCCUAUUACGAAGAUAAAGUCAAAUAGAUUUCAUUUAAAAAAAAACAUUUAAAAGGUGUGUGUUAUUGGAUUAGUUGUUACAAAGUUAAGUUGACACAAUUAAUCACUGAAUAAACUCAGAUAUAAUCACGUAUGUAUCUUAAUCUAAAAAAAACACUUCAAAGUCAAUACAAAUUACAAACUAUUAGAUAAUGUGAUUAUAAAUGUUAUAUAUGCGUGUGUAUUUAGAGGUAUUAACGGAACCUUCGCGGGAAUUUUUGAUGAAAAAUGCUAAUAAAGGCAUUAAGUCCGCCAUAAAUAAAUAAAUAAUAGAAAAUAUUUUUAUUAUUUGGUGAAAGUGAAUACAACAUUCCGUAUUUAUAAGUAAGACAACCUGAAUAGGUAGUUAUUUUUAUAUAUUCUCUGUUUUUUUUUUGUUGUUGUUCUAAACGUAAGGUGUUGCGAUUUUUUAAUAAAUUUUUAGAUUAUGUA